AAUUGGAAAUGCUAUGUAUAUAACGGUAGUGACGGUAACCGCGGUAACCUCACACCUAACCUAGAUUAAUGCUCUGCAGUCUAAAAACGCGAUUUAUGCCAGUUUUAUUACUUUUUGUCGCACACAAUUGUGCGUUUUUUAUCGGUCGAAAUGUGAAGUCCUACUAAAAAAAAUGUGAACCUUCUUCCAUAUACAUUAUAAUAUCUGUUUAUUGUACAUCAUAAUAAAAAAUGUUGCUCGCAGACUUUGUAUGAAGUUCUCUGAAGUCACCAAAAAGCCAAAAGAUUUCGCAGAAUGUAAUUGCUGAUAAACGAUUUGUCUGCAGGGUUUUCCAAUAAAAUUAGGACAAUGUCUAAGCGAAAUACAAAGGAUUCGCCGGGAAGUCUUUUCUAUUCGCCGGCGAAGAAGAAGAAGCUUAACAUAACAGUAGAAAGUGUGCCGAAAACUAAUAGUAGACAAUCUACGAACAAGAAGCAGGAAUUUGACCCUUGGGGGGCUGAUGAUUUUCUUAAUGACGAAGAUCUGCUGGAAUUGGAUAAUGUUGAAUCUCAAGCUUACUCUCAGGAAGUCAACAUUUCCCAAGAUGAAAGUUUGAGAGAAAUCCCAGCAGUUCCUGCAAAGCCUUCUCCAAAACCUUCCACUAAUUGGCCUCAGGUGCCUUCUUUUGGCAAGAAAAGUCACAGCCCAAGUCCCAACAAAGUUACCAUUUUUCCCAAACCUUCGACGUCAAAUUCAGCAAACCACAAGUUUUUAAAACCAGAUAAACUUCCAGUCAAAGAACCAGUAAAAGGUUACCAAGAAAAGAAACCUUCUCAAAUAAUCUCAACUUUAAAAAAUGGCAUUUCUUUUAAUCCUAAUGUUUUGUCAAACGAAAUCGAGAAUAUUUCUAUAUCAACACAGGGCACAGAUUUCACAAAUUUCGAAAAUAAUUUGCUGCAGGAGAAUAAUAUGAAUUCCACAUUUCGACUCCAGAAACCAGUCGUCGUUGUACCUGAUGAUUCGCAUCGAGAAAAGUUGAGAGAAUUAGAAGAGGAAAACAAGAAACUCCUGAACGAAUUAAUGACGAAAGAAGGUGAGAAAGUUUUUCUAAGGAAACAGCAGACGACAAUGCAACAAAAACUCAAUGAAGAAAAGUUGGCGAAAAGUAAAAUGUUGGAGGAACUACAAACUAAACACAGGGCGGAAUUGUUGGCGAUUCGGAAAGAAAAAGAAGAAGCAGUGACAAAGUUUGGACUACAGGCUUUAGAGGUCAAUAAAUGGAUGGCACACUGCAAAAUUCUGGAGAAAGGAUCUGUGAAACUGGUCGAAGCGCACGUUGUAAACACGGAUUCUGGUCAUAGGAACAGAAUAAACACAACUAUUAAUAGAGCUGGACCACCCGCGAAGAAGAUUAAAGUCAAAGAAAUUGGAAUUCAGGCCGAAGUAUUUCACAAAUCUAUUCACAAACUGAAAAGUUCUGUUUCCUCACAUCCUCUUGAAGGCAUUCCGGAAUGUAUAUUUAAAACGUCGGAGCCGGAAAAGCCAAUCGUGGAUGUCCAUAUGGUUGAAAAAAUAGGUAAAAUGAAUUUACCGAUUUGUCAAGACGAAGAGACCAUCAGGAUAUUCGAGAAUCCUAAGCUAGUCAAACCUAUCGUAACCAUUGUAGAUAAUAGACAACUAAGUGUUCAAUUCUUUUCACCUAGUUUAACUGGGUUGUUAAAUAAAACCAGAGAAGAGAUAAACUCGACGGAAAUCGUACCUACGAUCAACAGGAUUGUUGCAACUUCGAGAGAACUUUUACUGAACACUCUAACAUCACUAAGGAAAAUCCUGAAUUCGAUGAAAAAUGAUGACGUAAGAGAUAUGAAUGACCUGUACCACUCCGAUUCUUACAAAAUCCCUGUUUCGCAUGCGGAGAGUAUUUGGGACGCUAAAAGAUGGCAUGAGAAGGAAAGAGGAAUCGAAACAAGAAGAUCACUCGCAGUUCUUUCCUACAUCGUUAUGUCCUCGACGUAUCUCGGUGAAUAUAUAACAGGGAAAAGUCGAUUGAAAGUAGAAGAAGACGUCGCUUAUGGAAAUUAUAGCGUGCAAUUACGGACCUACAACUCUUGGACAAAUAAAGACUGUGAUUUCGAGUUUCUGGAAAUGAUUCUGGAGUUCAUUACUGUAAUUGGUUUGGCGAGGAGAUCACAUAAUUUCAGUGGAGUUAUUAACGCGAUUGUACUGACAAUGAGCAAUGCACAGAAAGCUGCAGGAUUUUGUUCGAUGGGGUUAGAUUACGUCUUCAAGAUUUUUCGAGAAAUAGUAUUUUCUCGGCCCUUGCUUGUAUGCUUCAAGUCGAUAAGUGAGAUGAUGCUGACGUUCGGUGGUUGUGCAAGGUUUAGUGAAAAGCUUUGCGUCGGUGCAAGAUCAGCAGUCCAUUCUUCAAGCAAUGGAACCUGGUACUUUAAGCCCGAUCCAAAAACCUGUGUAGUAGAAAUCUACUUAAGACAGAUGCAGAGCUUUGCUGAUGUUGAUCCAAUUACAAUCAUAAACAUUGCUCAUGCGAUAGUUUCUUUCAUGCAAACAACUUUACCGAUGAAUGUCAUGCCUUGGAAAGAAGAGUACAGAGAUUCCUGCAAAUGCUGUGGACAAUUGAUCAUAUUUACUGUAAAAACCCUUUGUGAAUCCUCGAGGUUAAACAUCGACGAAUUGGAGACGAAAUCCCGGAAGUCUUCGACUUCUAGUAACUAUUCAAACAUUCUCGACGGAGAUUUUUGGGAGAAACUAAAAUUUAAGCAGCAAGACAUUAUGAUACGAGGAAUCCGAUUUCUUUCGUACCUUUUGAUUCGCGAGCCCGACUAUGUUUUGAGAAGAACUGACAUGGAAAAUGCUUUCUACCUGUUAAUAGAUUGUGUCAAAAACUCUAAGGACCUGAAGCUUCACGAAAACGAACGCGAGAUUUUAGAAAGGCUCGGCAUUCUAGACAGAAUAAACUCUGAAAAUUCCUCACGCAAUUCCAAAGGUGUGAUUAAAUACGCAGUAAAAACUCAAGUGGCGGAAGCACCUGAAAAAGAAUGGUUAUUACCAGGGAUUCACAAAUUACGUCGCGACUGCUUUAAGCUAUGAUAAAAGUCGUAAUUUGUAGCUGAUUUGAGUGAAUAAGAACAAAGAGAGGGAGAGAGCAAUCUUUAUGUUAAUGCAAAAGAUAGUGAUUGUUUUUGUCACAGUAAUGUCCAUAUUAAUUUAUUAUUUUCUCUCCGUUAAAUUUUAAAGUGGAAAGAUUGUGUACGAGUUUUUAUUUGCGUAAAUCAAAGUGUCUAAUGUACAUAUUUUGUUUUCUUAACUUUACUCAUAAAAAUUAAGAUUUUUU